AUGGCACCUACCCUGCCACGAGGUCUGUCACCUGCGAGGCUCCUGAUCGUCUUUUUCGUGCUCUUGGCUCUGCUCGUCUUUCGAUCGUAUUACCUCCCCUCCCCCGAAAGCUCUGAUUUUGGAUUCUCCACGGCGGAAGGCUGGUGGAAGGGGAAACAAGUCAACCCCGACGAUGUAGGCGACGUCGACUUCACCAACGAUUUCAGCGAACUCGACGAUCACGGCUUGAUCUCAGAAAUUCCCGACUUCACCCAUGCGGCUACGUCCUCGCCCGCCUCGCCCGCCUCGCUCGCUGCCACUUUCCAGUCGCUCAUCCCAGCUUGCCGUCGAAUCCCCGGUGCAGACAAAGUCGUUGUCAUGGUCAAGACCGGCGCCACCGAAGCCUUCGCCCGCGUUCCCGAACAGAUCGUCACCCUGGCAGAGUGCGUGCCGAAUCUGAUGAUAUUUUCCGACCUGGAGCAAGAUAUUGGAGAGUUUCACAUUCAUGAUGCGCUGGACGAGAUAGGCAAGGAGUACAUGGAACACCAUGAAGACUUCCAGUUCUACAAAAACAUCCACGCAGUCCACGCCGCUCACGGUGAUGUGAGUGUGCUGGGGUCCGAGAAAGGUUGGAACCUGGACAAGUGGAAGAACAUCCCCAUGCUGCAUAAGGCAUACACCAAGUAUCCGAAUGCCGACUGGUACGUCACCAUUGACGCGGAUACGUACCUGGGUUGGACAAAUCUGCUGCUCCUGUUGCGGCAGCUGGAUCCGGAUGAACCACUGUACGCAGGUUGCGUCUACUGGCAUGGUCCAACAACUUUUGCUCAGGGCGGUACUGGGUACAUCCUGUCCAGGAAUGCCGUGCAGAGGUUCGAAAAGGUAAGAAGCCCCUCUAAAAUUGCAGCUUGGGAGAAGGAAACCUCCACCAUUUGUUGUGGAGAUGUCAUGCUUGCUGUUGCCAUGGGUCAUGCCGGAGUCAAUGUCAGCGGCGUCUGGCCCAUGUUCCAGGUUGAUCCGCCUUCUGCCCUCAGCUGGAACGAGCGUAUCUGGUGUACUCCCGCUAUUACCUGGCACCAUUCUCACUCUAACGAUAUCGAAGCUCUCUGGCAGUUCGAGAGGGAAUGGGUCAACAAGACCUGGGACGACCAGAGGCCAGGCUCAAGGCCUUACCUAUACGCCGAUGCCUUCGACUAUUUUGUUCAACCUCUCAUCGCGCACAACGUAACGGACUGGGACAACCUCUCUGCAGAUAAGGUCUUCACCAAGCCUACGAAGAACCAUGUCAAAGAGAAUACUGAUUGGGAUGGGAAGAACGAUCAAGAGAAGCAGGAGUUGUGGGAUAGUCUUUCCUCGCGCCAGAGAUGGGCCACAAGGUCUAUCGAGCAUUGUCGCGAGGCUUGUCAGGCCGACGGUGGCUGCAUACAGUUUUCGUGGCAUCCAGGCACUUGCAAACUGAAUCAUUCUAUCAAGUUGGGUCACGCCGUCGAUUCAAAGCAAGAGACGACGUCUGGUUGGAUGCUUGAGCGCAUUGAACAUUUCAAGAAGACAAAGGAAGGAUGUGAGGUGGAAUGGGAACGCGAUAGUUUUUGA